AUGUUCCAACGUUUUGACCGGCUCGUGGAACACACCCACACCCGACACCGGCUCCUUGCGAUCCUUGCGCUGCUGUACAUCUGCACUUUAGCAGGAUGUGACCUAACGGACGUGCGAGACAGCUCCCAGGAUGUGCAGCCGUUUGAUGAGCUACUUGAAAGCGUCUUUGCAACAAUCAACCGCAUUGACAUUGUGAAUGGUUUCCACGAGGACACGCCUGGUAGAAGAUCUCUCGAAAAGUUCUUCAAAAAUCACACCGUUCGCUGGUACGACGUGGAUUUGUCGACACUCUGCAACAGGAAUCUGGAAGAAGCAUGCUACCUGCCACAGAAUGCGCACAAACUUCGGUCUUGGUGGGAUGAGAACCAACAGGGUGGUUACGUAAUUUAUGGUGACAUGACCAUCCUAACGAAGUCCUCCUGUUUGUUUGAUCCCGCCGGUACCUACCUGUUGGCGACUCACUCAACCGAGCCUGUGGAGAGAACCCAACUGCUAGAACUCCUCCAGCUCGUUUGGUUCGAACGUGGCGCAUUUCGCGUGUACGUUAGGAUACGUGACGCAGUGUACACGUACGAUCCCUUCCAAAGAACAACCUCCGCUGAGUACGGUGUGUUGGUAGAGCUCGAGUCCUGGACACCUUUCCCCCGUGUGCCGUCGGCCGACUUUGCUGGUUAUCCGCUUCGAAUCGAAGUGUUCCGUUCCGUGUAUAGCAACCCAAUCGACGACGGACCACUCUACCACGGUGCGGAUGUAACUGCUCGUGAUGUCUUCUCCCGUGCGCUAAACGUCACCGUUCUGCACGUGCCAGCAGAUCGACAUCUGUUCGGAGAUCGGCUCCCAAAUGGUAGCUUCUCUGGUGCGCUUGGCCGGCUGAUCCGGCGUGAAGUCGACAUCGUUUUCACGGGGUUCUUCAUCAAGGAUUACGCCACCCGGGACGUUGAUUUUACGCCCGGUGUGUACUCGGACGCGGUUUGCUGCUUGGUGAAGAAAGCCAGCCGUAUCCCGGAGGCGCUGUUACCGCUGUACAUCUUUCCCGGUGAUAUCUGGGCGUUGCUGUGCCUGCUCGGGGUGUUUUCUGCCGGCGUUUGGUGUGCGCUACGUUGCCUUGUCUGCCGCCUCCGUCCAGGUCCGGCAGGUGGGCUUUGGUCACGCCGGCAACGGCUCGCGGUUCUUUUUAACCUCCCACGAAACCUGAGCCGUGACGCAACCACAGGGCGGUUGGUUUGGCAGCUGUACAUCGACACGUUCGUGUUGCUCGUGAGCGCACCCUACCUGCGGUUCACACGUUCCGGUGUUGAGCGGCUCUUUCUCACCGGUUUGCUGCUCGUUAGCCUCAUCUUCGUGUCACUGUACCAGUCCGGUUUGGCGGCCGUGUUCGUUAACCCACUGUACCACCGGGACGUCAAUUCUCUCCAGCAGCUUGACGCGACCGGUAUGCUGAUACCGGUGAAAUAUCGCGGAUUUCUCGACGACGUGUUUCCGGUCAACUACAGCCGGCUGAUGGAAUCCCUGCGUGGUCGCAUGCGCCAUUUACCGGCACAGGAAUCGAUGCUGGCGCGGGUUGCAAGGCUCGGUAACAUCGCAACGGUAACCCGCCGGACGACGCUCGCACUCGACAAUGCGAUCUACAUGACCACACGCCAGCUACACAUGGUUCCGGAGUGUCCGCGGACGUACAACCUGGCGUACGUUGUCCCUCGCCGGUCGGUGUUUGGAGAAUUAUUCAGCCGGGUGUUGUUGCGGAUGGUUGGCGGUGGUUUGGUGGACCACUGGAUUGAGGAAGCGCGCUACGAGUGGACGUUGCGGGAUUGGCGCGUUGUCCGGGGCAUGAUGGAGUCGAACUUUAAGGUCCUCACGGUGCAGGACUUGCAGUUUGCGUUUUAUGUGCUCGCGAUCGGGCUCGCUGUUGGUGUGGGUGCGAUUGGGGUUGAGUUGGUGUGGUUUCGGUGGCCGGGGAAAACCCGUUCUGGAUGGUGA